AUGGCGGCUGAGGAAGAAGGCGAUCGCAACCAAGAUCGCGCGCCAGUUGUUAUCGGCGUCUGUGUCCUUCUUAUCAUCAUAUCUCUCGUCGCAACUGGGUUGCGAUUAUAUGCCCGUUAUUUGGUGCGAUUGAAGUUAUGGUGGGAUGACUGGUUCUGUCUUAUCGGACUGCCUUUCGCACUUCUAUCAAUGAUAUUUGAUUUUGUCCAGGUUAAAUAUGGCUUUGGCAAACAUGUAGACACACUAUCGGCCGAGACCCUAAUGGAGUACGGAAAGAAUUUUUACAUCUUGCUACUUUUUUACAACCUGGGACUAGCAUUCUUCAAACUCUCUCUGUUAGCCUUCUACAUCCGAGUCUUCUCAGUCCUCAAUACAAUUCGAACAGCGAGUUACAUUCUUAGUGCUGCCAUUGUCGCCUGGAUGAUUGCCACUGAGUUUUUGCUCAUCUUUCGUUGUCAUCCAGUCGAGAUCGCGUGGGAAGGAACAGCACAGCAGCAAGCAACGCAGUGUAUCAAUAUGAACACUGUAUUUGUAGCCCAGGCAGCUCCCACCAUCUUCUUUGAUGUCAUCAUCCUAGCGCUGCCACUGAAACAUAUAUGGGCCCUCAAACUCAAUCGUGGCCAAAAGGUUGGCGUGACGGUGGUGUUCCUUUUGGGAUUUUUAGUCACCAUUAUCAGUAUAGUCCGGUUGAAAGUAAUAUUUUCUACUGGUAAUGACUUGACUUACAGCUUUGUAGACCUCGGUUUAUGGUCUGCAGCAGAGCCAGUAACCGGUUUGCUCUGUUGCUCUCUCGUCACAUACGGUCCUUUCGUCAAGAGAAUACCGCGAUGGCUUGGUGGCAGCGGCCAGAAAACAGAGACCAGUCUCAAAAGCGCCACCACCACCACUAAAAAGAAUUCAACAUAUGGAUAUAAUAACGCCGGGUACCGACGACAGCGUAGUAGCGAUGAGAUACAGCUGAACAGCUUCGCGGCUAAUAUUGUCGAAUCUAGGGUUACAGAUGACGAUAUUACUGCUUCUGCCCAUGUUGCUGUUAGUAAGAACUCGACCUACGGGCCACCCCAUAAUGGCAUUCAGGUCAAACAGGAAUACUUUGUGCAGCAGGAACAGGUAUAGCCUGAAGAAAAUGUUUCACGGUUGAAUUUUCUAUAAUGGUCUCUCGCAUUUUAGUGCAAGCUGCUCGGGCACUCUACAGUCAUGUCUACCUAUGUAGAUUGAAACGGACAUUCAAAAUUGUAUUAAUUGUAUUAUCUG